UGAACGAACAAGGUGAAAGCUCCAUUCAGUUUUAUAAUUUGCGCUUUUCAUGAUUCCUCUAAUUCGUAGUUCAUCACCCCACUGAAAGAGUUGAGCUCCACAUGGGAAAGAAGAGGAAAAAACAACCCAAGAAGUAGAAUCCAGACCAUGACAGGAGAAACAUGUUUGAUUGAGGCUGAAAAGUACCAACCUCCUCUCUUCUUUUUGUUUCUCAUUGAUAGAAGCUAGUCAUUCUGAAUUUCAUCAAGGAUGAUCUACUUAUGGAACAGGGAUGUGAUUGGUGAAAAUACAAAUGAUUUGAUUGGCACUUCACACAAUGAAAUGAGUGAGAUGCUGUCGCAGCAUGUAGUUGUAAUUAUAAUAUAACAAGGGAAAGUAGCCCUCCAAAAUGUCAAACAUCAAACCUCAGUGAUGUUCCUUUUUAUUUCCAACAAAACAGAAACAGCCAAUGCAAUGCGAACUUUUCCUUCGUUUCCAAGCUUCCAUAUCUUUUACUAUGUCCUUUGGAGAUGAAACAGGGAGAAGCCGUUUAGUUUCUCAGCAGAUUAGCAGAAGUUCCAUCCAUAGAAGCCGUUUAGUUUCAUCCGUAGUCCCUGAAAGAGGUGAAUCCAACAUAGGGAAGAAGAACCAGAAUAAAGUGAAGAAACAACAACAGCAGCAUGGCGGAUGAGACAAUUUCGAUCCCCAAAGUUGCAAAUUCGAAAGGGGAUGCAAUUGAAGAAAGAGCUGCAAAUGAUUUAAUUAGCAUGUUACCGGAUGACCUGCUUCAACGCAUCAUUUCCUUACUCCCUUUGAGAGAUGCAGUGAGAACCGGUUUCCUCUCAACUAGAUGGAGAGGCCUUUGGAAAGCAGGACUUGAAACCCCAGAGAAAGAUGGAACUGUGGAUGAAAUUAGCCGGGAAAUUGGCUACUUAGUUGACUAUGCUCAUGAACUUGGUCUGUUAACUAGGGGUCAAGAAUUCAGCUCUAUCCUUGAUCUGAUAAAACAUUCUAGGAGGCUUCGUUUUAAUUUUGGGCAUUCUAGUUUCCUCCUAGCUACCAUUUUGUCUAAUGGGACUCUUCAUCUGGAUUUCUACUCUAAGAAGUAUAAAUCUCCCAUUGAUUUUGAUUUGCUUUUGAAGGCUGAACAUUGGCCCAGGUGUUCCUGGGGGAACAUAUUUAAUAAUCCGUACUUUUCAACAGCUCCCCCUUCUAACUCUAUCAGGGCUCUCCAUUUAAUAGCAGUGACUAAUCUUACUAGUGAGGCAGUUUCUUCCAUACUCUCAAAAUUUCAUUUUCUUGAAAGCUUGAUAAUCAAAGAGUGCCAUGGAUUACAUUCUUUACGUGUUGAUGACCGUUCUUUCUUUUCACACUUGACGAUUUGGAACUGUCUCCAACUGAAGUCCCUUCAUUUUACACCUAUUGAAAUUAACAAAUUUCGGUUUCGUGGGCUCCUUCCGAGCUUUACUUAUGGAUCUUUUGGCCAUCGAUUUUUCCCAGACAUGGAAGAUGCCAUGCUUGAUUUUAGAGGAGGCCCAGGCUACGAUUAUUUUACCGACAUGCAUUGGGACUCACUUAUAUCAGCCCUUAAAAGUGUUCGAAUUCUUACUCUAUGCAGGUGGACUUUUGAGGCAGUGAUCAGACAGCGGCCAAGACCAACCUGGCUAAGAGAUCCAACCUUUGAGUUCCAUAGAUUAGAAGAGUUACAGUGGAUCGACAAUGCAGUGGACAAACACAGCGUUGAUGCUCUCAUCUCCUUCCUGAAAAAAUGUCCUUCGUUGCAAAAACUAUACAUUAACAUUGACCCCACAAGUUACAGCAGCCCGAGAACAAGAUACUCAAUUCAAGAUUUUGAUUGCAAAAGAUUACAUUUUCUUGAAGUUGUUCAGUUGGGGGGCGUACUGAAAGCAUGUGACAUGAUGUUGCUGGCUGAUCGUUUACUUGAUGUGGCCACUAAGACGACGAAGAUCAUAGCAAAAUCAAAUGAGAACCAGAUAUGGAAAUUGGAGGAGGUAUCUUUGCCUCAGCUGUGGCAAUCAUGUGGAGAUCAGAUGUUGGAAUUAUAUAGGGAUGGCAAAAUAGAGUCUCCCUUAUUGCUGGAAGGGAUGAAACGCUACAUGUUUGUGGAAGUAAAUGAAGAGGAGAGUGGCAAGCUAUGUUCCAAACAUGCUCAUGCUGACUUGUAAAUGUAUCUUUUGUCCCAAACUAUUCUUGUGUUAGAACCCAAUUUCAGUGCAACAUUUUGGUUAUAUUUAUAAAGAAAUGAAUACGUGAACUUAUGAUUGGGAUGGGAUAUAAAGAAACAAAGUUCUUCCCAUUGGGCCCCUCUAAAUUUUGAUAAAAAAUGAAGGUCUAGUUUUUGUCAAAUGUCAAACGAUGUUUCUUGCUCCCAUAAUUUUGAGCCAUGUUACCUUUGCAGUCUCAGAAUUUGUUUUUCUUUUCCCUUUUUCACUACCCUCCAAUACAUGAGCAGCAUAUGUACUAAAUGGUGGAAGUCACAACCAUGGAAGACGUGCAGUUUCAUCUCAUUAGUAAAAGAGCUAAGACCAGCACGAGGAAGAACGGA